GUAAUUCAGGAAGCGGGAGGGGGGAGGGGCUGCGCCAGAAGCCGAGGCGUGAGAGGGCGGUUCCGGCGUGGGAGCUGGUGGAGCUGUGCACCCAUGGCGUCGCUGAGCUGUGGCACCGUGGUCUGCGUGAUCUGCUUGGAGAAGCCCAAGUACCGCUGCCCGACCUGCCGCGUGCCCUACUGCUCGGUGACCUGCUUCAAGAAGCACAAGGCACACAGUUUACGAAUCUUGCCGCUGGCUGAGUCUGCAUUUGAUGUCUCUUCCAUCUGCCCAGCUCCAGCUCCUGCUCCUGUGUGCUCCAUCAUUCCUCAGCAGUGCAACCUUGAAACUCGUCCUGUUGACAAAAAAAGAUCAGCUCCUCCUGUCAAAGCUACACAGCCUGAGGAAGAUGACAAUUCCUCUGUAGCUGAUUUUCUCAAUAGUGAUGAGGAAGAGGACAGAGUAUCUUUGCAGAAUUUAAAGAAUUUAGGACACCAAGUACAAAUAAGUCUUGCUGUGCAGUUCAGGCUGGUAUUGAACUCAUUAUGCAGCUCAGGCCGGCCUCAAACUUGGGGUGAUCUUCCUGACUCAGCCUCCUCCAUGCUGAGGGUCUCCAUGCAGUUUGGGCAGGCCUUGAGCUUACUUUGUAGCCCAGGCUGGUCUCGAACUCACAACGAUCCUCCUGCCUCAGCCUCCCGAGUGUUGGGAUUACAGGCGUGAGCCACCAUGCCCAGCUGCAACUAAAUUGUUAAGGAGAGAGCAUCUCCCCCAAAACAGGAUAAAAUACUGUGAUAAAAUAAAGAAGAUAGACUUCCGGGAGAACAUGGCGGACAAAUAACAGCAGCCACGGAGGCUCUCUGAGAUUACCAGUUUAGAAUCCAGGAGCGGUGCUGUGUGAGGAGUCCUACGUGAGGGGAGAUGUACCCUGCUGACUCAGGAACGAACUAAGCUGAGACAAACCAACUGGAAAUGCAAUCCUGAUGCUAUAACAGGAACAGAUAAAAUCUCAGUGCGGAAGCUGGAUCCCGCACCAUUGGAAGCCAUGAUUUGAAUUUCCUGCUGCCGAAACUGCGUCCCAAUCCGCCCGGCGGGGAGAGAGACGCGCGAAAACUCUGAGAAAACGGCGUUGAGAGCGGGGACUGGCAGGGAGCCCUGCAUCGACCUGCGGUGAGUGAGAGAAAUGGGGACCCUUUCAUAGACUAGGAGGCUCCAACAGAGGACAUUCUGGGAAGGAGCAGACUAGCCGGAACAGGGCCCUGCAGUGACUUUAGUCGCAUAUUCCCCUCUCAAGCAGGAGUGGUGGGGAGCGCUUGGCCUAGUGACACUGCGGACUAAGAUCCUGUAGGCUAGCCCAAAUCAGGUCCCUGAGCCUGGCGGUGCACCCUAGCAGUGAAGCAUUCAGAGGUUGACCUGGAGGGGCGGGCCCAGCAGAGGCUACCCAGGUCUGUGUCUCCCUAGUACACUGCAGUGGGCGGGAACACCUAGCCCGUGGAUUCAUACAAACUGUAACAGACAAAGAGAAAAAAAAAAAAAAAAAAAAAAACUGGGCCUCCUACAUACGCUUGUAUGGAAGGAACAAAAAGUAUGGGAAAAGGGAGCAACAAGAAAGGCUCCUCAGUCCGCAAUCCUGAGAACACUGAUGCAGGAAAGGUAAAUGCAAAAGAGAAUGAAGACAGAAAACAUGCAAUAUCAAACACAGCACCUAUAGACAUAAAACGGUAUCUCCGGAGCCUCAUAGAUGAGUUCAAAAAUGAAGUAUUUAAUGAAAUAAAGCAAGAAAUAAGUGGAAUAGUUAGAGAAAUGCUUAGCACCACCCAAGAAAAAACAGAUGGUGGAAUGGAAGAACAGAAAAAAAGGGGAGAAUUGUUUGGUGGAGAAAAUAGAGAAAACAUAGAAUACAUGAAGCAGGUUCAAAGAGAUUACCAGGACACUAAAAACUCUAUUGAAAGCUGGCAUAACAGCUUGAAAGAAACUAAGGAUAGAUUAUCAGAACUGGAGGACAGAUUUGUAAGGCGGGAGCAUGAAAUGAAAAACUUCUUAAAAAUAACAAGAAAACAAACAGCAAUAAUACAAAGACUAGAAGAUGAUAAGAGGAUCUAUAACUUAAGAAUUAAGAACAUAAAAGAAGAAGUAAGGACUCAAACAAAUGAACUACAAAAGCUAUUCACAGAAAUAAUCCAGGAGAAUUUCCCUAAUUUAGCAAAAGGUAAAGAUACUCAGAUGUGUAAGGCACACAGGACCCCCGCCACCUACAACCCAAACAGAGCUACACCCAGGCAUACAAUAAUCAAAAUUCCAGAAAUCCAAUAUAAGAACAGAAUAUUAAAAGCUGUCAAAGACACGAAACAGAUCACUUACAAGGGAACACCCAUCAGAAUUACAGCAGACUUCUUGGCACAAACUAUCAAAUCACAAAGAGCGUGGGGGGAAAUAAUUCAAGCUUUGAAAGAUAAUAAUCUCCAGCCAAGAUUGAUAUAUCCUGCACAACUGUCCCUAGAAAUUGAUGGAAAAACAAGGUGCUUCCAGGAUAAAGAGGAACUAGGGGAAUUUGCAACCACCAAUUCAACUAUACAGAGAAUACUGCAGGAUAUUCUAAAAAUGAAAAAUACCAAGAUUCCAGAAACAGUGGCAGAGCGGCCACAAUGAAUGGAGCAGAAAGUGAAAUGAAGAGGACAAACUGACAACUAAUGACAGAAAAAAGAGCUCAACAGAAAUGAGGCAGAGAAGGUUGGAUGGUAGGAACAGCCAUUUUGGAGAAAACAAGACAUCAUAAUAGGUAGUGCUGAUUUAAUAUCCUUUUGUUUUGAAGUCCCAUCAAACUUUUGUUCUUCUGUCUCCAUCGGUUUUAACGUGUUGUAUCUUAUUGGAUUUUAUUAUAUGUGAUAAUAUAAACAAAAACUUUUAUAGACAAGGAGAUUAUACAAAAACCAUUGUUCAUUUUCUGUUAGUUGAUUCUAAAUACCCUGUAAUACUGUCAUUCUCUUGAACGGUUUUACAUUGUCUUGAUACGUUUGAUGCUACAGUAUACAAAGUUAUACCCAAAGAUUUUAAGGGAAGAGACACUAUGGUAACUACUAUUAUGUCGAGAUUAUCUUGUGGUGAAACACUAUUUUGCUUAAAUGGCUAUGUUUUGACCUGCGCUGUUUUGUUGUUAUGCCUUCUUUUUUAUCUCAAUCUCCUUUUUAUUAUCUACUUUUUCAUUUUUAUCCUUUUAAUUAAGGGAAAAAUAAAUAAAAAAUAGCAGGAUAUAUUAUAGUAACCCAUUUUGAUUUCCUAUUAACUUGAUUUGAAACUCUGUAUUGCUCUCACCAUCUUGUUUUGACUGAUUUUCCUCUAUUCUGUUAUGCUUGAUAGUACCAAGUUUGAAAGUAUAGGCAACAACUAUGAAGACAAAAAGAAUCAUUGUGACGCCCAUUGUGACUAUUAUCUUCUUUUGAAGUCCUCUAAUGUCUCCAAUGUUUUGGUUUUAUUGGUCUUAUUCUUUACUGUUUUGUUCAAUUUUAUUAUAACUGAUGAUAUAGGCAGUUCUUUUUAAGAUAACAAGAGGCAUUAUGGUUAACCAUUGUUGAUCACCUUGUAUUUUGUUUUUACAUUAUGUAUUAUGUCCAUCCUUUUGAUUUGACUGACUCUGUCCUGGUAUGUCACAUUUGGUUUUACUUUCUUAAAAAAAAAAAAAAGUAAUAAGAACUGUGGGAGUAAUAAAACCCAAAAUGUGUAAUUGUCAUUGUACAAAAGAAAGUUCUCUAAAAGAUAUAACUGCAUAUAUAUUUAAGUGUAUAAAAUAGAUAAACAUAUUACUGAGUUUUGUUGGAUCAUUGAACAAAACUGGUUGCAGUCUCACUGUUUGAAAGUCUCCUCUACAUGCUUACUAUUUCUAAGAUGACAAUAUGUAAUUAACUAGUGAUUUCCUACUAUUUUUUUCUGAAAUUCUGUAUAACUUGUACCCUUUUUCUGUUUUUUUUUUCUCCUUAAAUAAAAUUUAAAAUAAAAAAAUAAAGAUGAUAGUGGGACCCUG